AAUUUCAGCCCAGAUGCGGAGGGAUUAAAGAUGCCCGUGAAGAAAAACCGCAUCUGUAUAAAUAUCUGUGUUUCUGCUAAUAUUUUUCCAGCGUCGCCGUGGCCGCGAUAACCUCGUGAGUGCGUGUAAAUAGAUCGGCACGAUGCUGCCGCUGCAGAUCGCCGAGUCCUGAUCCACCGUUCCUGCGUCUCGGACUGGCGUGUUUUCUUUGUUUUGUGUGUUGUUAAAUUUUUGCUUUUCUCCUUCUUACGUCGCGUCGUGCGUUCUUUUCAGUGAAAAAACAGUGCGCGUGAAUAAUUAUAAUAAUUGAGCAUCAUCGCAGUGAGUGAAGUGUGCUUGUUGUUUGUCGCCUGAGCAUUUAUUGGAGCGAGUGUGGCGAGAAAAGAGGAGAGCUAGGAGAUCGCUCAGCGUAUUAUUCUUCUUCCCUCUUCCCUCUUCUUCUUCUUCACCAUCUUUUUCUUCUUCUUAUUCUUCUUCUUCUUCUUCUUCUUCUUCGGGCGGAAGAAAAACCCCGAGAGUGAAAUGCCGUGAUGGAACGAAUCCCGAAUACCUCCGUCCGUGCCGCCCUGCUUCUCCUGCUUCCCCUGCUGCUCGCCCUGCAUCCGGAAGUCGCCGAUACGGCACGACCGAGUAAGCAGCGCAGUACCACCGAUGCUUCACCUCCCAGAGGGGGUUCCGUGAACGAAGCUGGGGUUUUCGCUCUACGAGGGCGGCAGGAGGGAAGUCGAAGGGCGCGAAGGACGACGACGACGACGACGACAACGACGACGACGUCGAGCACAACAUCGGCGACUACGAACUCCAAUGGCGUCUUGACGCCGGUUUUCGACAUCUCGUCACCGGUGAUUUCCGACGAUCUGGUUGAACCUGCGGCUCUUUUGGCACCCGACGAGGAACCCUGGCCAACGAACGGGCCUCUCGGUUUGAUCCCGGUUACUUCCAGGGCUCAGGGAACCUCCUCGGGCUCCCCCCAAACCGGCAUCGAGAUCGUCGCCAAGCCCCAGCGCAAGGUCGUUCUACCCUGCGAGCUAAACGCGAAUUACUCCAAGUUCCUACUUCCGGCGUCUAGAAGCUACAGAGUCCGACCUGCGACCUGGGUUCACAACGGCAAUCCCGUAGACAUGAUCACGAUAGAUACGAGGACCGAGAUGAGCGGUACUGGGCACAGGUACAUCGGGGAUUCGACAACCGCCGCUCUCCAUAUCGAUAACGUCAGGCUAGAGGACGACGGAACAUGGGGUUGCACCCUGGAGGACGACAGGGGAAAGAUCCUCGCCGGAAGACCCGUGAAGCUCGUCGUCUUGGAGGCACCAAGAGCCACGUACCUACUGAUAGACGGGCGUCGAUUGGAUCCAGGAAAUCAGUUCGUUCCGGUCAAAGAGGGAUCUGAACUUACUCUCGAGUGCGGUGUCGAAGGUGGGAAUCCACCACCAGUCUUGUCAUGGGGCAUGACCCUCUCUCAGGCAACUUUAGACGGCCCUGAACAGCCGCCUAACAAUCUGACGAUACUACCGUCCGUUGUUGGCCGACGUAGCGGAGCUCAUCUUAACGUCCUUAGGGGUCAUCACAACGCCACUAUUGCCUGCGUAGCCAGGCACGUAACACUUCUUUCACCGAUGAACGCCAGCAUACUGCUCGACGUGCAAUAUACACCCUCUUUCGCAAUAACGAGACUACCAGGCUUUGGGAUUCCGAUCGUCGAGGGUAUGUCGAUCAGCCUGAAGUGCGAGGUGGAUAGUAAUCCGAGUAGCCUUCCCGUCUGGCAACGCGACGACGGUCCACCCCCAGUCGAACAAAGCGACGACGGCUGGUUGAACUUCACGAAGAUAACGAGGGCCGAGAGCGGAUGGUACAAAUGCUACACCCGACAUAUGCUCGGAAUUUUUACCAGCAUAGGAUAUUUCCUGAACGUUCGCUACGACCCGGAUACCGAGACUGAGGCCGAGGCGUUAAACGGGGAGGCGACCGAUUCCCGUAAAAUCGAGAUACAGCUCGGCGGUGCUGUAACGCUCGAAUGCGACGGAGGGUGUUGGGGGCGAGGUCCUGGAAUGGAGCCGGUUGGAGGACCUGGACCACUCGCCUUGAGCCGGGUCGUCUACCAGGAAGCUGGUGAAUAUCGGUGCGUCGCUCCGGACCGGAAGAUGCAGGAUACUUGGCGCGCGCAAUUGCCGUAUCGUGUCAAAGUAACGGGCGGUCCAGCGGUGCGGCCGUCGACUCAAACGGUCACGGCGGUCGAGGGUCAGCCGCUCGAGGUGAUGGUCGAAUUCUGCGCUGAACCGACCUUCACCAGGCUCCUAUGGCUUUCGGAGGAGCGAGUUUACCUACCCGGGAGCGAAGCUGUGGCCGGUGUAAAGGCGCUCGUCGUCGAGGAGGGCGACACGAAGGCCUGCCACCAGUCGAUACUCAGUUUUGACUCGGUAAGGUGGUCUCAUUCCGGGGAAUGGACGAUGGUCGUCAAAUCAUCGGCCGGCAUCGCGGACGCCUCAGUUUUUCUCAACGUUACACGUCCCGCCGUCGGUCUCAACGUCGUUUCCGGUUCUCUGCGGGGACCGUCACCAAGUAUUCACGGUAUUACAAUAUCUCUGACUAUCGUCCGGUUUGCAGGGAUGUUUUUACGGUGGUCAACGUCGCCUGGGAACUAUUAGGGUAUUAUAUAUAUAUGAAUAUGGGUACUAAAUUGAAAAUAAAAA